ACUUCAGCCUGGUGGGCGGUGGUAAUGCCAUUGGUGCACACUAUCACGAGGAGGGAACAAGUAAGAGAAAAAUGAGAAGGAGCUGCAAGAACAGACUUCAGACCUUCAGACUGAGUAACACAGAGCAGCUGAUAUAUCACAGUCAGUCAGAAUGGCAGAGAGAGAGUCCAAACUGAUGAUGAUCGAAAGUUUCAUCCGAGCUUAUCCAGACUUUCCAAAGAAAGGCAUCUUGUUCAGAGACAUCUGUCCAGUCCUGAGGAGUCCAGCUGCUCUGAGAGCAGUCAUCGACCUGUUUGAAGAACAGGUGAGGACCAAUUACCCCAAUGUGGAUCUGAUCGUAGGUUUAGACGCCCGUGGUUUCCUGUUUGGGCCCCUGCUUGCCCAGCGGCUCGGUAUCGGCUUUGUUCUGGUGAGAAAGAAGGGGAAGCUUCCUGGAACCACAGUCUCUGUGGCAUACGAUUUGGAGUACGGGCAGGCGGAGGUAGAGAUCCAGGACGAUGCAAUCGCUUCAGGACAGAAGGUUCUGCUCAUUGACGACCUUUUAGCUACUGGAGGGACAUUGUUUGCUGCCUGUGAGCUGAUGAAGAAGCUAGAAGCCGUGGUUUUGGGCUGCAUGGUGGUCAUCGAGCUGAAGCAGCUGAACGGUGUAGACAAACUGAAACCACAAAGUGUGUUCUCCCUGUUGAAGUACUGAGGACCACUACAUCAGCUACAAUGGAUGUGAACCAGUGUGGGACUUUAAACCAGCUGGGUGUUUCACAUUGCCUCACCAUUACCAAAAAAUAAUUUGUGUCAUUUUGCCAUAUUUUUUACUUCAUAUCCUAAAUCUGUUCAUGCUGGAGCUGUGAGGGUGGAGCCUUACCCAGCAUGCAAAGACCCUCCCACUCUCUGUCUGUGUUGUUACACUCAUGAAAGAUGAAUGAAACUGUCUUCAUGAACAGCGACAAGAUUCAGAAUUCAUGGUUUUAGAUCCUUGUAUGAAUGACCAACAUUAGGCUCCACAAGUAACAGCUGUUCAGUGAAGUAACAGGCUCAAACUUCAAAUAUAGACAUAACAAAGAGUUGCACAUGGUGAGGAAGGCAGCACUGACUUAGCUCAGUUAUUUGGAAGAUUUUAUGAAACACCCCCUGCUGAGAGAUUCGGCUUCUUCAUGUGAGAGCACCUGAGGAGUGGAAGUGGAUCAGGGGAGGUCAAGAGAAACCCAGAAACAAAUCCUCAGAGAUGUCUUAAUUUUUUAUAAUUGUCUGUCUUUCAAGCGUUCUGAAACCAGCCCAUAUAUUCAUUUUUGCUCAACAGGCCGAGGCAGGUGCCAUGAAUAUUUAAAAAGUAAAUUUGAACUGUUGCAGACUGAAAGACCAGAUCUUUCCUUACUGUUCAGUUUGUGUUCAUUUUAUCGUACGUCAUCGAUUCCUCUGUUUGUCCCGUGUAGCUGAUAGAUCGGUCUAAUGUAUUCUGAAUGUGUGCCUAAGACUCAGAGGCCUCCGCAAAGCUGUUCUCAAUGUGAUGCUGAGGCUUACUGACAUUUAAUUAAAUCUCUGCAGACCAAUUAUUAACAACAUGUGCGUCAAUAAAACGUUGAACUUGA